UUGCGGAGGGGGAGCAAAUGUGUAUCAGUCCAAGGGAGCUAAAUCCCUUCAAUGCAACCAGCGCUAGACAAUGUUAAAAUGCGAUGCUAUAAUAGUUGGCUCUAAUUUUUGAAAUGAAACACAAAAUUCCAGAUCACAAGGAACAUGUUCUGGACUGCAAACAAGGAGCUGUCCGGGCUGUUCGAUUCAGUGCGGACAGUAAUUACUGCCUCACAUGUGGCAGUGAUAAGUCAGUAAAGCUAUGGAACCCUCAUCGUGCCCUGUUCCUCAAAACAUAUUCUGGCCAUGGGCAUGAGGUAUUGGAUGCACAUGGAUCUGGAGACAAUAGUCAGAUCUGCUCUGGUGGAAUGGACAAAACUGUUGUACUUUUUGAUGUUGCAUCAGGCCUUGCAUUGCGUAAAUAUCGUGAUCAUGCAGGAACAGUCAACUGUGUUAGGUUUAAUGAAGAGUCAAGUGUCAUUUUGUCUGGAUCAAUAGACAGUACAGUCAGGGCAUGGGACACCAGAAGCCGUGGACAUUCACCUAUACAGAUACUGGAUGAAGCUCAAGACGGUGUCACCAGCAUCGAAGUCUCUGACCAUGAAAUACUGACAGGAUCAGCAGACGGUUGUAUAAGGCGCUAUGACCUACGAGUGGGACGAUUAUAUGUUGACUUAAUUGGCAAGGCUGUCACAAGUGUAACAUUUACACGUGAUGGGCAAUGCAGCUUAGUGAGCUGCCAGGACAGUACCAUCAAGCUCAUGGACAAAGACACAGGAGAAAUGCUAAAUGAAUUUACAGGGCACAAAAAUACACAGUAUAAAAUUGACAGCUGUCUCAAUCAUGAGGACACACUUAUAUUUAGUGGCUCUGAAGACGGGUGUGUUUACAUCUGGGAUCUAAUUGAGGCGAAGGUGGUGCACAAGCUGGACCACAGCUCAACACGAACUGUUCACUCUUUGGCACCUCACCACUCAGAGCCAUCCAUUCUGACUGCUUGUGCUGACAAGGUCUUUUUGUGGAAGUCUUCACAGGUGGAGAGUGAUAGCUAGGCUCUAAAUACUGCUGUGUUGAAUAUUGUUGUGUUUGUGAUAGUCAGAGAUGGUUGUCAGAGACUUGUGAAGCAAGCAUAUUUGAUUGACCAUGAUGAUUCUCUGAAUAUGAUUUUUAUCAGUGAAGAAAUUUUAUACUUAUUUUCAUGUUGUGUAUAGAAGCAUGAGGUGUGAAAUAUAAAAUAUAUGCAGAAGA